CGAACCUCCGAUCUUACGAAUAGAAGGCAUAUAUCGUAUCACAGCUCUAAUAUACUUAAAGAACAUUUUAAUUAAACAUUUCAAAGCUCCGUUGCCUUUGCGAUUUCUAAUAGUUUUAACCUCAUUUCCCUAAAAGUUUGGUGCUUUGAUGUUCCACUUCCGGAAACUGAACGUCUGCUCCGGAACUUGAUAAUUUUAAGUUUUUUGCACGCCACCGUUUUGUAGGCUUUAACCGCUUUAAACUACAGUCUUCUACCAGAUUCAGUAUCGAAAGCUUAGAAAUUAUGAGAAAUUCACUGAGUGAAAAAUUCAAAACAGAUAACUUCGUAAAACCACUGUAUAGAAAAACAAAAAUUCAUGAUCGGGAUAAUGUUGAAAAAGGUACAAUACCGCUCACUUUCGAUAGGACGCUUAAACUAUGUGGCGACGACUUCAACGUCAAAACUGUGAUAUCUAAACAUGGUGUGAAUGUGAUAAACGUUAAACGUAAAAUUAAUAAAGACUACAAAGUAGUGUUACCUGGUGCUUGUAACAAUGAAAUAAGUGCUGAUAGCUUCAGAAAAUUUAAACAAGUAGACCUAAGUAAACUCAUAAGCAAGCAAGCGAAUAAAAAUGCUAAAAUUGAACCACAUUUUAAAAACUUUGAUAAUAAAAUGUCAGGCAGUAGUAAAGAUAAUGUAGAGACUGUGAAAAUAGAAGAAUUAAACAAAGUACAUAGUGCAGAUAGUAAGGAAAUUGUUAUUUUACAUAAGGUGCCUGAUACAUGGCUUAGAAUAUACCCAGCACCGAAGGUAUCGGGAGAGACAUUGCAUUCAGUGAUAUUAAGAUGUGUUCUGUGCCAACUAGGAUUGACUACGUUCCUCAUACUUUGGACUGUUAUUGCAGUUUUCACCAUACAAUCGUUUGAAGGUCCUCAAGAAGAAAAAGUUUCAAUAGAAUUUGAAAAAGAACAGAACCAACUUGUUAUCGACUUGGCAACGGAGUUAAGACAGAUUACCCCACUCUCUCCAAAAUGGCGGAACGCAAUAGAAAGACGGAUAGAAGAUGAGAGGCAGCUGACGAUGCAAGCUGUUGGGGAUGGAGCGAGAAUAAAACCUGGAGAGUACUGGAGCUUGCCCGGGACGUUUCUAUUCACUGUUUAUGUUAUGACGGCAUUAGGUUUUGGCGCGCCAGUGCCUCAUACACUCUGGGGCAGGACGUCUGCAUUGGUCUAUGCUAUUUUAGCUGUACCCACGCAUAUUUAUUUAAUGGUAAACGCGAGCACCUGCGCCGUAGUACAUUUAGAAGCCUGCGCUCGCCAUCUGCGAGACAAAAUUAGUGGAGACUUGGGCGAACUAACCAAAUCCAACUUCAACAAAAGAGAUAUCCCAAUCAACAGCCAUAAUUCAGAAAUAAUCAAAUCUUCUAAAUUGAACGCGCGUAAAAGUAUCAUCUGUUGCUUAAGAGUGUUCGGUGUAGGCCGAGGUAUCCCUCUGGCGACAGUAUCCUACUAUACACUGGGUUUGGUGUCGUUUGGCGUCCUCCGCGGCAAAUCUCCCUCCAAGACCUUCAUGUUCCCUCUGGAGUUUACUACGUCGGGAGGAUUGGACCAUGUAGAAGACUACGUGAGAAUCCUGUAUGGUUUCUACGUGGAAGGCGCGAUGUGCUUGUUGGCGUGCAUGCUCGCCACUAUUCGCCGACACAGCAGCUCGGCGCUCGCGUGCCUGUCCCAAACGCACCGCUUAUUCCAGACCGAUGUGUGUGAAGACUGCGUUAAAACUACGAGGAAAUAACCGAGAUUUGAAUAUUUGAUGUGUUUAUACUUGCCUUCUAAGUUCUAGCUGGAACAAGUCUAUGGCUCGUCUUGGCGAGGGCACUGCCGUGCCUCCUGCUUUAUUACCAUACUAGCCGAUGCCCGCGACUGCGUUUCCGUGGAUAGGUUUUUAAAAAUCCCGUGGGAACUCAAAAAAUUCAAAAUUGUUUAUUUUCGGUAACUUUGUUAACAAUCAUCUGUAGGAGGUUGGAGCCUUUUUUUAAAGGUAGGAGAACUACCUCUGUGUCAGAAGACACCGCUCUUCCAUAACAAUAGACUCAUUGAUUAAUCGGGAUCAUAGCCUAUGUCCGUCCCCAGGAUGUAAGCUAACUCUGUACUUUUCAACAAAAUCGGUUAAUGGUUGGGCCGUGAAAAGCUAGCAGACAGACAU